UCCAGCAAAAUUGAUUCACAAAAUUAUACAAAAUACUAUAAUGUUUCGGUAUAAUCGCAAACUUUGUUUAUGCAUCGGACUGCUUUUGGUUUUAAUACUCGCCAAUCAAAAGUGGAAACAUUCGACAGAAAUUACAAUAGAUAAAACCUGGCAAAUAGAUAUAGAGACCAUAACCCGUAUCACUUGUAAUAAUAAAGAACAAACUGCUGACUUUCCUUCGAAAAAGUUUGAUGAAAGGUUCUAUGUAUUCGGUCCGAAAUGCAAGAUGCCAAAGGUAAAUCCUUAUAAAGAGGGAUUUCCCGAGUGGAAACCCCUCAAGUUCAAAGCCUGUACAGAUGAGCCAAGUUUGAUCAGUGUAAAAUACGAUCGGGAUAAGAAGCACUAUAUGCUGCACUUGAACAUGGAAGUUUCUUUGAAACACCUUGCAAAUUAUUCCGAUUUUGGAUGCACAUAUAUUGAGGUUGUUUCUGGAGGACCGAAUACUUCUGUUUACGUUGAAUCUCCGAAAUACUUCCACCAGGAUUGGAUUGUACCCAACCAUUUUCUCGGGGUAAUAGUCGAGUGUCAUGAGUUGGCGAACAAGUCGCGAGUUCUGCAAAAAGACGCCUUUGCAUUUGUCCAGCAUCCAAAGAAUCGCAACGAGGUGAAUGACGCCAGAAGAGGAAUCAAGUAUCCCAGUGUCUUUCUCUUCGGGAUCGAUAGUAUGUCCCGCAUGAAUUUCCAUAAAAGCAUGCCACUCACCUCGAAAUUUGUUCGUCAGAAAGGAUGGUUCGAAAUGGAAGGAUACAACAAAGUGGGUGACAAUACCCUUCCCAAUUUAUUGGCGGUACUUACGGGAAGAACUCCUUCACAAUGGCGAUCGUAUUGUGAUGUUAGAAAAUCUGGCUGUUUGGACAGUCUCAUAUUUUUAUGGAACCACUUUCACCACGCGGGUUACUUGACAGCCUACGCUGAGGAUUUGUCUUCGAUUUCCACAUUUAACUAUCUAAAAAUGGGGUUCAAACGCCCCCCAGUGGAUUUCUAUUUGCGACCCUUUCUCAUGGUAAUUGAACAGGUUCUUCAAUCAGUUGAGUACUUCGGUUGCAAAUAUUGCGUUGGCAGGAAGCACAGUUUUACCUACGUUUUCGAUUUCGCUAAGCAACUUAUAGAGCGUUUUGUUUUCGAGCAGCAAAAACCUCUUUUUGGAUUAUUUUGGACGAGUAGUUUUACACGUGAUGAUUUUCGGGGAGGUGCUAAUUUGGAUGGAAUGUUUUUAAACUACAUGAAGCAGUUUAAAGAGUAUGGAUUAUUUGAUAGAUCUAUUGUGAUACUCCUCAGUGAUCAUGGUUCAAGAUAUGGUCCAUUAGCGGAGCACUAUUCUGGAUUUCUGGAGGAACGACAGCCCAUGCUGCACAUUUACUUGCCACCUUGGUAUCGAAAGCGUUAUCCUUCGGUGGUAAAUGCCCUGCAUUUGAACAGAAACCGUUUGAGUUCCAAUUUUGAUCUACAUCUCGGCAUUAGACAGCUAAUCGAGCAAAUUCAUCCUAGGAAGAGAUUUAUCCGAGUUGUUAAAUGCGAAAUCUGCCAAUCUAUUCUAGAAGUUCUACCCGAAAAUCGAAGUUGCUCAGAUGCCGGAAUUCCCGAUCACUGGUGCACUUGUAGACCAUUCGUAUCUGUUCGCAUUACUGAUUUUAUCAGAAGACUCACCAAGUUCACUGUCAGUCGGAUGAAUAGGUAUCUGAAACUGUUGAAUGUCGAUGGGGAUUGUCAUAGAUUAAAGUUAAAUAAGGUAAUAAAGGCUGAUCAACAGCUGCACUUCGAUGAGUUGGGAAAUGAAGUGGAUGCUUCAGAUCAAGUGGAAACAUAUCGAAUUGUCUUCACAACCAAGCCAAAUAACGCAAAAUUUCGCUCAACGGUUUUUAGUGACGAUAACAAUGAUAUUGUGACCACGAAUAUGGAUAGGAUAAGUCGGCUGAAUUCCUAUCAGAACGAAUCUUAUUGUGUGGAUGAUGCUACGGCUAAGAAGUUUUGCAUGUGCAUUAAACCUGAAGAAUUACGGAUUCGAAAAAGAAGACCUUCAAAAAAAAAAAAAUGAAAUAUAAAUAUC